UCCUGUUCCGCCUUUCCUUGCUCAGCUUCGGCCCACGGGAUUUUGGGUGAACCAGUCGCUGAUGGGGUAUCCCCUCCCAACCCACCACCGCUGUUGCCUUGGCAACAGCUUGGCCACUUCCGUCGGGUGCUCUACUCCCCUUCCGGGUCGGCGUUGCGGUGUCUUCGCCCGCAAGAUUCUUCCGUUCCGUCUCCCGUUCCGUCUCCCGUCCCGUCUCCGGUCCCGUCGUGGACUGAUGAGCCCGAUUUGCAACCAGAGACCACUCUAAGUCAUGAGAUGUCUGGUCUGAAUUGGAAACCCUUUGUCUAUGGCGGCCUUGCGUCUAUUGUCGCAGAGUUUGGAACCUUUCCAGUGGAUCUUACCAAAACACGCCUUCAGGUUCAAGGCCAAACCAUCGAUGCUCGCUUUAAAGAGAUAAAAUAUAAAGGAAUGUUCCAUGCCUUAUUCCGGAUCUAUAAAGAAGAAGGUAUCUUAGCCCUGUAUUCUGGAAUUGCUCCUGCUUUACUAAGACAGGCAUCCUAUGGCACCAUUAAGAUCGGUAUAUAUCAAAGCUUGAAGCGUUUGUUUGUAGAUCGUUUAGAAGAUGAAACCCUCCUGAUUAAUAUGAUCUGUGGGGUGGUGUCUGGAGUGAUAUCAUCCACUAUAGCCAAUCCCACGGAUGUAUUAAAGAUUCGAAUGCAGGCUCAAGGAAGCUUGUUCCAAGGGGGCAUGAUUGGCAGCUUCAUCGACAUAUACCAGCAGGAAGGCACAAGAGGCUUGUGGAGGGGUGUGGUCCCGACCGCUCAGCGUGCUGCCAUUGUUGUGGGAGUGGAGCUGCCGGUUUAUGAUAUUACCAAAAAGCACUUAAUAUUAUCAGGGCUGCUGGGAGACACAAUCUUUACUCACUUUGUUUCUAGCUUUUCCUGUGGCUUGGCUGGAGCUCUUGCUUCCAACCCAGUGGAUGUGGUGCGAACCCGCAUGAUGAACCAGAGGGCUAUCGUGGGCAAUGUGGAACUGUACAAGGGCACUUUGGAUGGACUACUGAAGACUUGGAAGACUGAGGGCUUCUUUGCCCUGUAUAAGGGAUUUUGGCCAAAUUGGCUCCGCCUGGGCCCGUGGAACAUUAUUUCUAACAUGUGCGUGUAUGUGGACACAUACAUAUAUGCACAUAUUUUGGAUAUAUUUUGUUUUGACACAGCAGAUGUUUCCCAGCUGACACUACCUGCCUUGUCCCCCAGGUACUUUCUCCUAAAACAGGUCAGCAACCCCUAUGAUAUUGUAAUUGCUAUUUGUAGUACAAAUGAUUUCUCCCACCACUUAUGUUGAUCUUUGCCAUUGCAUGUAACUAAAUAUGAUUUUCCGAGCAGAAUUUGAGACUUAUUAACUCCACCAUGAUAGAGAAGGAAGUGGCAAACCACUCCAAUAUCUUUCCAAAGAAGACCCCAAAUGGGGUUACGAAGUGUCAGACACAACUGAAAAAUGACUGAAUGACAAAAAGAGGCAAGGGCUAGUAGGGUUUAUGUUUACAUCUCCUAUGUUUUUUGAACCAAAAAACAGGCCAGUGGGCCAACCAUGAUAUUCCUUGUGCAAAGACUUGUUAAGUUUGCUUGUCUUUUUAAAAAAUUUAAAAUCUAGUUCAUAAGUCGCUAUUCCUGUCCUUCCUUUUUUGCCUGGCACAGUACCAGGCACAUAGUUGGGUAAUGGGUAUAUUUUCAAGGCUCUUUUGAAUUGAGUGCAACAGAGAAUAGACAUCACUAAAUAUAGCGGGAAAAGGGAACUUGGUUUCUGAACCCCAUUUGGCUGUAAUUGAGUGACCUAUUCUUAUGUCUUCCAUGACUCGGU